CCUUAGAUAGAGAUAAAAAGAGAAAUAAUUAAGAGGCCAUGGCUGAAGAGAUGAAGAAACAAAGUAUGAACAUAGAUCACGAAGCUUCAGAAUUAGGACUAGAGAAAGAGAAGGGCUCUGAAAACACCAAGUUAGACGAUGAUGGCCGUGAUAGACGUACAGGAACAUUGGUGACUGCAAGUGCACACAUAAUAACUGCUGUAAUUGGGUCUGGAGUACUGUCGUUAGCAUGGUCCAUGGCCCAGCUUGGAUGGGUCGCCGGAGCGGCCAUUCUUAUGACUUUCUCUUCCAUUACAUACUUCACCUCCACCCUUCUUGUUGACUGUUACCGGUCGCCGGAUCCUAUCACCGGCCACAGAAAUUACACUUACAUGGAUGUUGUUAGAGCCCAUUUAGGGGGCAUAAAGGUCAAUCUGUGUGGAAUUGCCCAAUAUGGUAACCUUAUAGGUGUUACAAUUGGCUACACAAUUACUGCAUCUAUUAGCAUGGUAGCGGUGAAAAGAUCGAACUGUUUCCAUAAAUUUGGUCAUAAAGCAGAUUGCCACACAUCAAAUUAUCCAUUCAUGAUAAUAUUUGCUAUCAUCCAAAUCAUUCUAAGCCAAAUUCCAAACUUUCAUAAGCUCUCCUGGCUCUCUAUUUUGGCUGCCAUCAUGUCCUUGGCUUAUUCCUCCAUUGGCCUUGCACUUUCCAUUGCCAAAGUUGCAGGGGGUAGUGGGCGAGCAAGGACUACGCUAACAGGCGUGGAAAUAGGUGUGGAUGUGUCGGGUUCGGAGAAGGUUUGGAAGAUGUUUCAAGCCAUUGGUGAUAUCGCAUUCGCUUAUGCUUACUCUAACGUACUCAUUGAAAUACAGGACACACUAAGGUCACCGCCGCCUGAAAAUAAGGUGAUGAAGAGGGCAUCGCUGGUCGGAGUGACAACUACGACAACAUUCUACAUCCUCUGUGGUUGCAUGGGCUAUGCUGCAUUUGGAAAUAAGGCCCCGGGAAACCUUUUAACCGAGUUUGGUUUUUAUGAGCCCUAUUGGCUUGUCGAUUUUGCCAAUGUUUGUGUCGUCAUCCACUUAAUCGGAGCCUAUCAGGUAUUUUGCCAGCCGAUAUUUCAAUUCGUGGAGAAUUAUUGCCACAAACAAUGGAAAGAAAAUAUGUUUGUAACGGGUGAAUAUACCGCUAAGAUCCCAUUUGGUUGUUCCUUAGGCAUCAAUCCUUUGAGGCUGGUUUGGAGGACCGUGUACGUUGUCGUGACUGCAAUAUUGGCGAUGAUUUUCCCCUUCUUUAAUGUCUUCUUGGCUCUAAUUGGAGCGUUGUCAUUUUAUCCUUUGACGGUUUACUUUCCGAUAGAGAUGCACAUUGCACAAACCAAGAUUCCUAAGUUUUCGGUGAGAUGGGUGUGGUUGAAGAUAUUGAGCUGGGCUUGCCUGGUUGUGUCUAUUGUUGCUGCAGUUGGAUCCAUACAGGGCCUUGCAACUGAAGUUAAGGGAUACAAACCUUUUAAAAUCAAGAAUUAGAGAUUUUUCUAGAUUUAAUUUUGAUUGUUUGUACUGCUAAUUACAUUAACAGUUACUAUUAUAAUGGUUUC